AUGGCCUCCAUCGAAUCACUCCUCAACCCACUCCCAGACCGAACCGGGUCAAAAAAUCACCACGAAGAUGACGCCAACAUCUCAUACUUCCAUCGCUCCAGCAUAACAUCUCUCCCUGACCGUCGGAUGAGCAACAACACCUUCAGCCAAUCUCAAUCUCAGAUUACGUCCAACAAAAAGCCCAGGGUAGCAAAAGAUGCACCCAUCUUCAUUCCCGGGAGCGUCAGGGGUGAAGUCCGCUACCGGCCUUGCGCUGACCAAGUUGAAGCAACGAUGAUGGAAGAACAUGCGAAAUUCAGCAUUUAUCCGCCCAUCGAUGAGAUUGCGGAUUAUCCGAGACAUAUUCCGUACAGCAGUGAGAAGAAGAGUUUGAUGGAGAAGACGGGAAGGGAGAGUUUUGAGGUAUUUCAAUAUACGUUCAAGCUGCCUGGUGAUGAGAAGGUCUGGACGAUGAUGUGGGAUUACAAUAUUGGGCUUGUUCGGAUCACGCAUUUGUUCAAGUGCCUUGAUUAUCCGAAGACUACACCGGCCAAAAUGCUGAAUUCCAACGAAGGCCUUCGAGACAUCUGCCACAGCAUCACUGGAGGUGCACUAGCCGCACAAGGAUACUGGAUGCCUUUUGAGACUGCUAAAGCGGUCGCAGCAACCUUCUGCUAUAACAUUCGCUUCGCACUUACACCCCUAUUCGGCACUGACUUCCCAUCCCAAUGCAUCCAACCACACGAGCGCGCAUUCGGCAAAAUGACCAUUGACGCCAAAAUCAUCAAGCGAGCCACAGAGCUUUCCAGGCGUUAUUGCCAAAUGGAAUUUGAGGCGAAGAGCAUUGUGCACUCACAGAAUCGGCCGAUGUCGCCUAACGAUGUGGCGACCGGGUUGCAUGGCGCCGCUGGUGUAUGGUCUGAGGGCAAUACAUGUUCUUCCAACAAUACAUUUACGCCAAUAAAUAUGUCAUCAGACCAGACUAGCCUUCCGCGAGUCUCCCCGCAAUCCAAGAUCUUAAAGUCUGAUACGCUUCCAUCAAUCAAGGAGGCGUUGGGCGUUGAGAGCUUUGAGUAUUUGUGUGCCAAUCCACUCAAACGGCGAAUAUUGAAUGAUGUUCAUGUUCACGAUGACGGUCAGCAAUUGAAGAUUACUUCCAGACCUCUUAUAAACAUGGCCAGAUUACCAAUAUCGUUGCGAAAGCGUUGUGCAGAGAGUGGAGAUGAUGAGGAUGGUUGUUUCACUGAUGAAGCGAGCCUGGACAAUAGUGCAUCCUCGUACAUCUCCGAGUCUAAUACCGACUCUUCCGAAUCUGAUUCAGAUGCCAUAUCCGAGCUUGAUAUCAGCUCGGAAUGCUCCAUCUUGAGCAAGGCAACCCAGUCACGACACGACAAGAAACAUAUCCGGAAAGAGAAGAGGAAACGAAAGACUACUUCGAAGCGAUCAUCUCGACACCAGCUUCAGCAAAAGCAAGUGGUUUCCCCUUUCUCACCGCCGCCAACGGCACCGUUAUCAUCUUCCUCGGCCUCGCCAACGCCAGUCAAACACCGUCACAAUCAUCACAGCAAGACGAAGAGACACAGUCGCGGCGACGAACUGACCGCUGCAGAGACCCUACUAGCUCUUCGCAGCGGCUCAAGUACACUUAGCGAAAACGAGAGCGAGGAUGAGCGCGUAUCCGCAAAGAAUGCAAAGAAGCGGUGUCGCCACAGUCAUCAACACAGGCAGAGGAGACACAAAGCUGGUGCUCAAGCAGAGAUAGAGAGAUUUAGUCUUGCGGUUAAUUCGCAGUCGGAUUUGAUUGAGCGGAUGGCUAAGAGGUUGCGAAGAGCUAGUUUCUGA